UUCUUCGGAAAUUUCAGGAUUUGAUAACGUUAGAAGCACAAGGACGAAUCCCCCCGAAACACGGCGAGCGACAGGGUGGCCCACCGAAGUCCAGUCCCCUUCGCCUACUUCUACGGUGGCGGCAGCAGUGAGGAUCCGGCCGCGAGGAUGCUCAACAACCUCCACAGCGGUACAGCCGCUCCCUUAGCCUUCUCUAUUUUAGGCUCCAAAGAAGAUUCCGGCCUGGUCAAGAGUAACGGCGGUGGUGAUACCGGUGCAGGCGGCGGUCUGCAGGUCCUGGAUGGCACGGGCCUGCACGGGGCCAAUUCUGGCCAUGGUCCCAAUCCAAGCGAAGGUGGCGGCAGCGACAAACCCGUCAAACAGAAAAGGCAUCGUACCCGCUUCACACCAGCUCAGCUCCAAGAACUUGAAAGGAGUUUCUCCAAAACCCAUUAUCCCGAUAUCUUCAUGAGGGAGGAACUCGCCAUGCGUAUAGGGCUCACAGAAUCCAGAGUACAGGUCUGGUUCCAGAACAGACGAGCGAAAUGGAAGAAGCGCAAGAAGACAACAAAUGUGUUCCGCAGCCCUGGUGCCCUCCUGCCUUCCCAUUCCUUGCCACCAUUCGGAUCCAUGGGCGAUGGCUUCUGUUCCUUCGGCCCAGCGGCCGACUCGCGGUGGCCUAUGUCCCAGAUGGGAUCUCCAGGCCUUCCCCUAGGUCCUUCACUCUCCAGGCAACCCGGCCUCGCACAGUCCUUGUCCCAGCACAGUGCAGCAGCAGCAGCAGCCGCCAUGGGAGGCAUGAAUCAGUAUAUGGCUGUGCAGGUAUCAACGCAGCUGGCUCCCAACUCUCUGCCCUCCAUCACCACGAGCGCCUGCUCGUCCAUGUACCAGUCGCCGUACGGGGGCCUCAACUCCCUGAGCACAGCGCCCGCGGUCGCCCCUCCACCAGGGCUGGCACCGGUGUCGGCGGGCAUAGCGGCCAGCAUGCCGACGGCUUCCGGGGCUACGCCGCCCAGCUCCUCCGGCUCUUCCUCACCGCCUCAGCUCGCCUGCGCCAUGGGCAUGGGAGCGAUGGGCGCUGCGGCGGCCGCCGAGACCAGCGACAUGUGGCGCGGUACCAGCAUAGCCUCCUUGCGGCGCAAGGCCCUCGAACACACCGCCUCCAUGUCCUUCAUCAGGUGAAAGUGACGUCGGAGCAUUCCGCUUCCAAUCGCCUCUCUGCUGCGUAGGAGUAUGCAUAUAUGAGUAUGCCGCUGUGGUUCCGCAUGUAUAUAAUGUGACUGCUUGGAACUUCUGUCAGUCGAGGCCUAUUCGGAGCCCUGAACUGUUGUAACUGGCACAGAGGGAGUUGGUGCCAGAUCUUUUAAAAAGACUACCCGAGUUUGCUCCAAACGAGUCAUGGAUUUCAUUUUUUUUUUCUAAAUAUAGACUAUUAUUAAUAAUGACCAGAAAAAUGGUAUUUUGAUUUGAUUCAUUCAACAAUUAAGAUUUCUAACAAACAUAUUAUGAAAAAAAAUGAUCAAUGUGUUAUACUAAAGUGAUUAAUAUAUAAAUAGUCCUUGGAGAUUUCCAGGAGGGCUAAAAGUUUCUCCUAUUUUAUUUAUUUUUAAUACAAACAAUGGUAGCUGUCCAAGAAUUUUUUGUUAAUUUUUUCUAUAACUUAACUUUAGAUCGAUUUAAAUUAAACUUUGUUAUUUAAUUAUUUCAUACACAUCAUAAAGAUAUAAGUUUGCCUAUUUUUAAGAAUAAUAUAAUAAAAUAUUGAGCUACUUUGGCAACAUAAAGAAUUAUGUUAUUUUAUAAUCAAAAUUGCUUCGUUAAACAUUAACUUAUGUUACAAUGAGCACUGUGAACGUUCUGCGGAGCUUUAAACAAUAGAUUGGUUUUAAAUUGGAAAAAAAUGUUGGUAUCAGAAUAAUUUUAACUAUAUCUCGAAUUACAUUUCACCCUCUUCCUGUACAUGCUGAUAGCGCUCUUAAUGAAGGAACUCCUUAAUGAAGGAAUAAUUUAAAUAAUGGAAUUAUUUAAAGAAAUAAAAAUCUCUGUUAAUCGUUUUAAAAUUUUUUGUCUAAUAUCCAUUCAAGGAGAUGAAUUGAUAAAUAUUUAUCACUUUGUUCUAGAAUUACGAUCAUUAUAUAUAAUACUCUAUAAAUCAUUUGUUCAUAACAUAUAUGCGUCAUGCUUCUAGUGGAAAAACUUAAUUUUUUAUCUAAAAACUUACAAAUGAGAAGUGAAACAAAUGAAACUUACAAAUGAAACUUACAAUGAAAUUAUAUAGAUUGAAAGUUUAGAAACAGUAUGAUAACACUAAAAUAGGAAUAUGAAGGCAUGCAAAAUGAUACAUAAAGAAUGAGGAACGUUUUCAUUAGAUUAACAAUAAUUUUACUUGAAUAAUUAAACUGAUCAUUUUGUUUGCAAUUAUAAAACAAGAUAUUUUGUUCCUCUUCAUAAUUUACUCUCAUGAACGAAAUAUAUUUUAUUUAAAAAUUUUUUGUAUUUAAUGUUUGCCUAAAAUAUACAUAUGGUAUAAUGCACUCCUAAAAGAGAAUAAAUUAUCCUUCCUUGCGAAUGCAUACAAUUCAUUGAAGACAGAUUUUUAUAAAUCAUACGAAGAGUGAAGUGGGAAAAUUUAUUUAUUUAUUUUUUAUUUUAUUUUAUUUAUUUAAUUUAUUAUUAUUAUUAUUUUAUAUAAGACCUAAACACAGGAUACAAUAAAAUACAGUUAGAAAAGAAUUAUAAAAGUUUUAAAAGUAUGAAUCAACAUUAAUUAUCAUUAUAAUUUACUUCAUAUCGCUCAAAAAACAAAGAAAGAAAAUGUUGCCCAUUUUUUACGUUAUCUGAAUUUCUUUCAUUAUGCAAUUCUUUUAAUUAUUUGU